AUGUAUUUUUGUCGUUGUGAAUGCAAACCUGAAGGUCCCCUUGGUGACAAGCGGCGCCGGGUGGCCGUGGUGGGGGGCGCGGUGUCCCGGCGGGGGCGGAGCUCCCCCAGCCCACACGGCAGGCUUCGGGAGCGAAACGGGCCUUUGGAUGUGUACGUGGAAGCUUCAGAAACAGUCCAAAGAGACAAAUGGAAGAGCAUUAACUCUGCCACUGCAGCAUCUGAUACUUUGCUGUGUUUAUCAACAGAAGGCGAAGGAGCCUGUUCAGUGAACAUCAGAGUCUUAAGUUUUGAUGAAAAAGUUAUUGAACAAGAACUGGUGGUUAUCAGUAACCUGCCAGGACUGUGUGCCAGGAAGUAUGUGAAGAGCAUCCUGCACCUCCCACCUGUUUAUGGGUAUAUUAAGCAUGCAGAUCCUGAGUACCAGAAGCGAGCACCUAAACGGGGAGAACAGCAAGGAUUCAAUAGCAGAGGAGCAGAGGUGAAACAAGACAAAACUGAAUGGAGACCAUCUUUCAGGGAAUACCGUUCCUAUGAAAGACAAGCGGAAUUCAUGGUGGAAAGACAUCUUCUUUUUAGACCAUUUGAAAAAUUAGACCGUGAAAGGCCAAUAAGAGGUCGUGGUGGAGGAAGAGGUGGAAUGCGAGGUAGAGGAAGAGGUGGUGGAAUAAAUAGAAGUUUUGAUGGCUUUGACCAAAGAGGAAAACAUGAAUUUGGAAGACAAAGUGGGAAUGGUAAAACGGGGAUGGAACAGACUGCUGCCAUGGAAGAGACUGCAGAAACAGCUGAGCAGCCAGGGACAUCUGAAGGAGAGCCUCUGAACAAAGUUGCUGAAGGAGAGCCAAUGGAAGAAGUAGUUCAAGAAAUGACGUUAGAUGAGUGGAAAAAUCUUCAGCAACAGAAUCGACCAAAGCCUGAAUUCAACAUCCGGAAGCCAGAAUCCACUGUUCCUUCCAAAGCAGUGGUGAUUCACAAGUCAAAAUAUAGCUAUGAUUUGCAAAAAGAUGACUUUGAAGACAAUUCUCAUGUCUUUCGAAGACCAGUGAAUGACAUAACAUCUCAGCUAGAUAUUAAUUUUGGGAGUCUUCCUCGUCCUGGCCGUGGAUCAAGAGGAGCACGACGUGGUCGUGGUUGUGGCAUACGAGUUGCAAUAGGACCUCGACCAGACGUAGUGGUGCAGCUUGUUGCUCCAAAUCCUGAUGAUCCUGAGGAUUUUCCAGCUUUAGCUUGA